AUGGCCUGUCACAUCCUCACAAUGUUUGGCUCAACAUACAGCUGUGAGUCUGCCUUCUCUACAAUGAACAUUGUGAAGAACAUGUGCAGCAGCAGACUGACCAAUGAACACCUGGAUCAGUGUCUCCGCCUGGCCAUCACACCUUUUGUGCCAAACAUUUUGACCAACAUCCUGGACGUCCACCAAAACAUGGGCUACUGCCCGCAGUUCGACGCCAUCGAUGAACUGCUGACUGGAAGAGAACACCUUCACCUCUACGCUCGCCUCCGCGGGGUGCCAGAGGUGGAGAUCAGCAGGAUUGCGGAGUGGGCCAUUCAGAAGCUGGGUCUGUCCGAGUACGCGGGCCAAAGCGCCGGCACCUACAGCGGAGGGAACCGCAGGAAACUGUCAACAGCUAUCGCCAUGAUCGGCUGUCCCGCUCUGGUCCUGCUGGAUGAACCCACAACAGGCAUGGACCCGCUGUCCAGGCGCUUCCUCUGGAGCUCCAUCGUGAGCGUGAUCCAGGAGAAAAGAGCUGUCGUCCUCACCUCACACAGCAUGGAGGAAUGUGAGGCGCUCUGCACGCGUUUGGCCAUCAUGGUGAACGGGUCCUUCAAGUGUCUCGGAACCAUUCAGCAACUCAAAUACAAAUUUGGUGAUGGCUACGUGGUGACCAUGAAGAUCAGGGCCUCCAAGGCCGGUUGCGCCCCCGAUCUGAACCCGGCCGAAGCCUUCAUGGAGAGCACCUUCCCCGGCUGCGUCCAGAGGGAAAAACACUACAACACCCUGCAGUACAAGAUAGCCUCCUCCUCCCUGGCAAGGAUCUUCCAGAUGGUCCUGGCCAACAAAGACCAGCUCAACAUCGAGGACUACUCGGUGUCACAGACCACUCUCGAUCAAGUCUUUGUCAAUUUUGCCAAACAACAAUCAAGAGAAGACGAGGCCAUAGUUCUGCAUCCAAAAGCUGCCGGGGCACAGCAAGGUGGUCAGGGCACCCCCGUGAAGAGACUCAGGAAGCAGAACCACCAAGCACGUUACAAGAAGGUGGAAGAAGACAAAGUGGUAAUGGCAACCUCAGUCAUCCUGGUCAUGGUAGUCCGCAAAGGUUCAAUCGAGGCAACUGGAGUAGCUUUUGGGAUUUGGAGCACAAUCCUUUUUUGUAGGCAGAACCACCAAGCACGUUACAAGAAGGUGGAAGAAGACAAAGUGGUAAUGGCAACCUCAGUCAUCCUGGUCAUGGUAGUCCGCAAAGGUUCAAUCGAGGCAACUGGAGUCCGUCUUCGUUGA